AUGAGCGGGUAUAGUAAGGAGCAGCUGCUUGCUCGCCUUCAGGUGUGAGAACUAUUAUGAUCUUCACUCUCUCUAUCUCACCUCUGCUUGUGGUUCGUGUGCUCCAUUUAUUUCAUGUUUAAGAAAUUAAUAUAUCUGUUAAAUUGGAAUUUUAUUUUCAAAGAGGUGUGAUACAAAUGAUUUACUGGGGAAUGUUACAUAAUUUUAGAAGAAUGAAAAUUUACUCAGCAGAUAGGCUGAGGUAUUGGAGUAUGCUUAUCUGCGAUUUCACUGUUGUUUGUAUGCUUAUCUAAAUAACUUGUAGCCUUGAACUCUGGGUUAUAUUGGAGUUUUAGUGGACCGGUUAUGCCUGGCAUUGUUUUCUUAUGAUUAGGUAAUUGGUGUCUAAAUAAUGUGUAUAUUUUAAGAUCACGCCUAUGCAACAACCGCUUCGGAUGCCCAGGCGACCAGGCUGCCUAGAUGAGCAGCCCAGUGGGGCCCGUAUAUGCUGAGUUUCUGGUAACUCUCCUCCUGCUAGCCAAAGGUAUAUAGGUUUAGUUUUGUUAUUGAAAUAUCCCUAGGGAAUGUAGGGCUGUUACAUCAAAGUACCAUUCACGUUGUUAAAAUGGUUUGUAGAAGCACAAAAUCUAGAAUGGAUUGAGUUCAUAGAUGUUUAUGUAGUGGCAAGCAUUCAUAGAUUAUUUGAGCAUGCCAUCUCUAUUUCUUGGCAUAGACGUGCAUGGGCCUCUGACAGCCCUUGGUUUGUUUUCAUUCCUCUGAUAGAGAACUUCGUCCGUAACAAUCAUCCUUGUCUUCGGUUUAAGAUUUCGUUUACCAGAUAUCUGUCUGUUAUUCUGACAAAUGGGAUUUCACCUUUUUAUCUUCAGGAGCUAAACAUUAAUUUUGCUUCCUAUGAUCAUCCUGCCGUGUUGACUGUUGAGGCCCAGGUUUGUAUAAGGGACAUCAUUUGUUUUAUCCUUACAACACAGAUAGAUUGAUAUAUUGGAGACUAUUGCUUCUGUUUUCAGGCAAAAUAUGUUGGACACUUAGGAGGAGCAUUGAGUAAGAACCUGUUUCUGAAAGUAAGUGAUCAAUGAAGGUUAAUUGUGGCACUUGCCUCAUUUUUCUACUGACAUGACCUUUGGUGUCAUUCCUCUGUGGAAUGUAGGAUAAGAAACAUAGGUUCUAUGUUAUUUCUGCACUCUCUGGCACCAACGUUGAUCUGAAAGGUACAUCUUGUGUCAUUAUCCUGCUGGUCUUUGGUCAACUCAAAGUGGUGCUACAGUAGGAUAUUCUAGUUAAUAUUUAUCCAUCAUUUGCUUUUCAUGUGUUUACUUGAUUUUAUUUUUAUUUCCAUAAUGGAACUACAAAAAACAGUUCUAUCCCAGCGUCUUGGUUUGGGGAAAGGAGGUCUCCGGAUGGCACCUGAGGAAGCUCUGCAGGAGAUACUUCAGGUGGUUAUGGAUAUCACUGACAUGGUGGCCAGAUGUUUUUGUCAUUUUCUGAAGACUAUUUUCUUUUUAUUUGUAAUUACUGACUCAAACAUAUGCGUCCUUAAAAUCAAUUCCACGGUUGGUAUGCUGCACAGUGGCAGGCCCUAUGAGUAGAAAAUGGUUUGUUGGGCUUAAGAAUUUAUUUAUUCUUCCCUUUUUAUUUAUUAUAUUGCAUCUUUUUAGUCAUCUAGAGAUUUUAAUUAUGCCUCAAGGAAUGGUCUUCAGAUGUCAGUGUACUGGCCAUAAAUAUCUUUGAAUUUUUUUCCUAUGAUUAACCUUGCAGAACUAUGGCUCAUUUUUUUUUCGAGUCGGGAAGACAGCCUGGUUUUGAUCUUUUUACUUCUGACAUAGCUGCAUAGCUUUUUAAGUCUGACGUCCUAUAUUUCAACGACCCAUUUUUAUGACUGCCAGCUUCUUCUAGGUUGCUCCCAGCUCCCAAUAACCACCAAUGUAGCUGUUAUAGUUUUCAGUCCCUUUAUCUUUAAAAUUUUGCUAGGAUACAUGAAAAAAGUGUUUUCUGCUAUAUUCUAACAUCUACAAAAAUACCUUUACGAUAUGAUUCAUCCUUUUCCUGGCAGGUAUCAUUGGGAUGUGUUACUCCAUUCGCUUUGAUUAAUGAGUCUGCACGGUAUAUGACUUGCUCUCAAGAACUUGUUGAAAAAUUGUGCAUACAUUUUUUUCACGUCUGCUUUUAUUUUACCUGAAUUUGCAUCUCAUCUCGAGGGAAUAUUCUUAAGGUUAAUGACCUUAAUUUUUCUGAGAAGUCAUUGACUCCAUUACAUCACUAUGAGAACAAAAUAAGCUUCUGCCCAUAUCUUUUUUGUUUGAAUUUUAUGGCAGUGAUCAGUUUGUUUGCCCUUUAGGUAUUGUACAUAUCUGGCCCCUUGCUGUUUUAUGACCUGGCAUUUUGGCUUGCUCGUGUGUUGAUAUAAGUUAUUUUUUUUCAUUCUAUUUCAUUUGAGAACACUACGUCUUUGUAUCUGUGUUCUAGUUGCAUCAAUCAGUGUGUGAAACUCUACCAUGGAAUCCUGUUUCUGUUUUGACCUAUCACUUUUUUUAAAAAAAAUUUAUUCUUCAAUAACAAAGCACAGAAAGGUUUCUUGGAGUUGAUUAUAACAAAGCACAGUAAAUUGGAAGCAAGUAAAUCCUGAUUCUGAAGAAACUGUAAAUUAGUCACUGUCAAGAGGUCAUAGCAGUAAUUACUGACUGUUCAUGUAAAUUAGUUAUGCAAAUCCUGAUCCUGGGCAUGGAUGGCUUUUCAAGAAAGCUGAUCCUGGGAUCCUUAGUUUUUCAUUUCUAAAGUUGAGUUUUCGGGGUCAUUGUGUCAAUGGACUCGAAAGCUUAUAUAAAUAAUGUCAAUCAACAAAAUCUGGGAAGAUGAGAAAGCCUUUUCGUAAAGUCAUAUGGUUCUCGGCGGGAGUAAAUGAGAGUGGCAUCAGAAAUAUAUAAUUCUUUUUAUGAGGGUAACAGAGUUGUUCGAUAUUUACGGGUAGAAAGUAUGCUUCAAAAUGUAAACCUUUAUCUCAAUGACUAACUUUUGAAAUUUACUCCAGGAGACUCUCACUUAGAAAGAUUGAAUUGAAAUGAUGCUUGUAUCUUCUGGCUAAGGCAAUUAUGCAAGUUUAUGCAUCCAAGUUGCACUUAACUGGUGGUUAUCAUUUGAGGAUACAAUGUUCUUCAAAAAAAAUGUAUUUCACGUUGAAAAAGGAAACAUGGAUUGUAGAGCGUUUAAGAUAUUGAAAGAUGAUUUAUUCUUAGGAGCAUUCGUGAUACAGGAGUUGAUGCUCCAUUAUGGACUGUUCCUCCAUCUUUCAAUCAGAGUGAAGAGAUGUCUUGAGUGGCUAACCUGGAGUGAGGGGAAAGUUUUUCAUUCUGAUUAGGGGUCAGAAUGGUUGCCUCCCUGUACAUUUUGUUCAGUGAAAACACAACAUCGAGGUCUUUACAGCCAAUGGAAGAGGUGACAGUAUUGCCAGCUGUUCUUCCUUGUUGAAGAAUCCUCACACAUCUCAAUCAAGACUCAAGAUUACUCAAUGUCUACCAAAUAUCAAGAAAAAACAUUUGACUCUUAGAAGCAACAAAAGAUAAUGCUGUGACCCCUGGAUACUGUUUGGACACGCAAAGUUGUUCUUUCAACCUCCAUUAGAUUUUAACUGAGUUCUCCAACAAAAGACCUUUGUCUUCACUUCUCAUCGCAUACAGUGGAUGGAUGAUUCAGCACAUGGAAGAAGGGCCAGUGGAUGAUGCAGGAGUUUGCCAGCAACUUUCUUGAUCACAUCCGUCUCCCUGGGCUUUCUGGUAGGAUCGUAAUUAAUGCUGUCCCUUCUGAGAAAUGGAGAGUAAUCCUUCCCCCAAGUGAUGAUGCCGCAUCAUCACUCACUCAGCCAUCUUCAUCUAUCCACGGUGAUGUGCUCCAAAAAACUCGAAGGAAUUUAGUACCCAGUGUGGCUUAUCUUUUAUUCCUUUCAAACCGUUAAUCAGAUAUUCGCUUACGCCUUCCUUCUCUCUUUCAAAUCCGCUACUCAUCAAACUCUCUAGGAAAGGUGAAAAUUCAGUUAUUUAGUUGCUGAGAAGCAUUUGUUAAAAGAUUUUCUGAUGUCUGUUAUGAUAUUUUAUGUUUGCUGUGGUUUUCAGUUUCUUUCUUUUUUUCUUCAUACUAGCUUCUCAAUUAUGAUAACUAAUUUAUAACUUCCAAAUCUUGCCUCAAUCAAGAUAUGUGUUGAUUCCUUUUCCUGUUGCAUAAUAUUGUCCAAUUUUAGCGUUAUCACUUGUGGUCGAUUUGAUUUAGAGUAGUAGCUGCAGUUGAUGGCCAUACUUUAACAUUUACUCAUUUUAUCAGUCCUUUCAUGAUUGAAAAUGGCUCCUAGACCCCCAGCUUGAUAACGUUUUCUUUUGAUUUUUUUAGAUCUGUUUCACUUCUUCUUGACCAAGGAUUUAAAGCUCAUGAGUCAUGCUUCUUUCAUCCGCUUUCAAAUGAAAUGACCAUUUGUAAGUGAGUUACUUAUUGGUUUACAUGCACCUUAUUCUUGAAGAUGAUGACUUCAAUGAUUGUUUGUGAAAAUUUUCAUGAAUUUACUGAAUGUAAAUUUACAUGGCAGAAUACAUUUACUCCGAGCGACUUGCUUUUUUAUAAUAAUACUUGUUACACGUGGUCGUGGAAGGGAUUGCUCUAGCCUUUGUGCAGAAGUUUGAUCCAAUUUAUUCUGAACUUCUAGAGUCAUGUGUGGCCUGCUCCUCCAGUUUCUCUUGUUGAGAACAGAGCGGAUCUCUGAUUCUGGCAUCUCUAAAAACUUGUUAGGGUCGAAUACAGGACAAGAAAUGUUAUCUUUUAAAUCAGGGGGCUCGCUUGAUUCUGCCUACUUGAUCAUGUACCAACCCUUUUUCUUCAAUGUCCUUCCUCUUAAAAAUCUCCAGAUAUCUGAGGACUUUGCGUGGUUCAAUAUCUUUGUCUCAUGCUCCGUCCUAUACCUGUUAUGUCUUUCUGAGCUGUUAGACUCCAUGACUCCACCUAUAUUCAAGGAUUAGAUGUGUUUGCCUUUUCAACAAGUUCUGGCGGAAACUUUUACUGUCUUACUAUACUGUGUUUUUUAAAUGUGACAUGCCACUAUUAUAAUAAAAAGCAGCCAGAGAUUAAAGGAAACUACACAUGAACAAAGAGAAGAGAAAAAACAGUACGAAGACUAUAUAACAGGGCAAUACCCUAGAAGAUUCUCUUGUCAUCUACCAAUUUGACGGACUGAAGGGAAUUAUCGAAGGAGAUUCCCUUCUAAUAAAUAUUUUAAAUUUUGAUGGGUGAUUAUUCCUCCAAAUCAUUUCUCACUACCGAAGAUGUCAUUCUUCAUCCCCUUAAGUUUAGCAUCCCAUCUCCUAUGUCUUUCGCCAUCUUGAUUUCGUAUCACUGCGGCAUGAUGAUGUUUAUCAGUUUCUCUCCCAAUUUGGUUCCUUCUAAGCCGUAGGUUCCAAUUAGCAUUUUCCCAAAUCGCAAAAAUGAGCUUUGGUUUCUUCCUACAAUAGUGUGUGUGGCGUUAUGCAACCAAAAUGCAAGGAGUGCUAACCAAGAGGACCCUUCUGCUUUACUCCAAGUGGAUAGCACAGGAAUGUAUCUUAUGAAUUAGAAAAUUCAUUUCUUGUAUGUCUGUUUUUUUUUAUAUUUAGAGUAUGGGCAAAAGAUUUUGCAUGAUGUCAUUGAAUACCGUAUUGGUAUCAAGCCUGGAGACCAGUAUACUUCAUUCAGUCUCAGAGUUUCACCAGUCAGAUUGACACCCGUAAAGAACACAUCUUUAUAAAAGUAAUUGUAAAUUUUUAUAAAAGUUCAUUCUGUCUCAGGGUAACCAGUCAGAUCAAUACUUGUAACUUUUAUACUUAUGCUUUCCGGAGAUAACCCAUCUCAUUGCUAAUCAGUAUUUUCUUGACUGUUUUCGAUCAGCUGUUAAUACCCGUGAUCUUGACAAAUUUCUGAUCUCAAUUGGACGCAAUCCAGCAUAUGUAGAUCUCGAGGUAAUAGUUUUUGUGUUUCUUCGCGUGUUUCUCUUUUGUCAUUUCAUUGGAAAAUCCUUCAACUAUACUGGGAGUAAACAUCAGUUUACGUCUUGGUAGGCAACUCCUUUGGUAGGGAAGGAUCAACCACCUGAUCUUGCUUCUCUUGUGCCAUCGGAAACUCCGAGUUUGGUUGGCGCGCCAGAGAAGGUGGUACAGAAUCAAGCUCCUGAUGGUAAUCAUGCACCAGCAGAGAAAAAAGGUAUCAAGUCUGCAGGUAAAUAGAUUUUACCUGAUAAUAAGAUUUUUUUUUCAUUGUUUAUUGCGAGAUUUUGUUCGAAGCUCAUUCCCCAGAGUUAUAUGCAUCAUAUACGUAUAAAUCUUAUUGAACACGUGGUAGAAUUAUAAUUUUAUGUUCCUCAUCUUAGAAAAUUAUAGCUCCAGAAAAUUAUUAACAUGAAAAUUAUAUAAAAUCAGAAGCAUCAAUAUAUAUAUAUAUAUAACCCUGGAAAAAGCAGUUGCAACAAUAUCCUAUUUAUUUGAUAUCUAUAGCUCUAAAAAAAUUGUUAAAAUUCUUUUUAAAAUGCUUUUCUACCGGAUAAUGUUUAAUCUGACCCUCUUAUUUUGAAUAUAAUCUAUUUUGGUCGAAGAUCCGUCAAGAUCAGGACCCAGCAAGUCCAAGGCAGCCGCCAAGGAGAAGACAACAGGCAGUGCGAAGAAGUUCGUUGCAGCCACGGAUGUUGGGAAACUCAUUGAUGAAAUCAUAAAUAAGACUUGUGCUUCAGUACUUAUUGAGGUGAUCACCACAAUUGUUCAUCAUAUCGUCUGAUGCCCACGUUGGUUGACUGAAUCAAGAUUCUAAUGCCUGAAACGAAAAAAAAUAAAAUGCAGGUCAACAAGGAUUCCGAAGAUCAAUCAAAAGUCAGCCUAGGCCAUCUACUCGAGAAGGUCAGCCAGAAGAUCGGGCCUGAUUUGGAGAGCAUAGCUGUAAGUAUUUUAAUAGAAUAAUACAAAAAAAUAUCAUUAAAUUCAAAUAUUUACUGGGUCACAUGGUUCGGAAAAAUCAUGCAUAGAUUGUGAUCUCUUAUGAAUGUUUUUUUUUUUAAAUGAGGGAUUUGUUACAUUUGAUGCAGAUGAGCUUCAAGAACGCAGCGUACAUCGAAGGGUUUCACGCUGGUCUGCAUAGUGUGAUCGACAGAGGCAUUCAGGGCUUGUCAUCCCCUAGGUAG